UCCACUUCUUUGCAGACUGUUGAUUUCAGGCCAGUUGAGACGCCGAGCCAUUUCCCAGACAGUAUGCAGCCAACGAACCGCCGCUUGGAAACGGAGAAAACGAAACUUAUCUUUGCAAUUCAGUCUUUAUUGGGAGGCAGCCAUGGCGGCUGGAGGGCCAGUCCAAGAUCUCUGCGAGGAAGCCACUUGCUCCAUCUGCCUGGAGUAUUUCAGGGAUCCGGUCACCAUCGCCGAGUGCGGCCACAACUUCUGCCGAGCCUGCCUGGCUCGGAGCUGGGGGGAGUCGGGGGCGGAGGCUUCCUGCCCCCAAUGCAGGGGAACUGCUCAGCCAGGGGACCUCCGCCCGAAUCUGCAGCUGGCAAAUGUUGUCGAAAUAGCCAAGAAACUUAGGGACGAGGAGGCGGGAGAAGCGGAGGGAGCAGAACGAACGGGGGGCGUCUGCGAGAAGCACCGGGAGCCCCUGGAACUCUUCUGCAAGGACGAUGAAGCCCCCUUGUGUGUGGUCUGCGGCAGAUCCAAAGAGCACAGAGAUCACGAGGUGAUUCCUCUGGAGGAGGCUUCCCAAGAAAAUAAGACAAUGGUGGCAGCUGAAAAGGAGGGCAUUUGCAAGAAACAUCAGGAGCCUUUGAAACUCUUCUGCAAGAACGAUGAAUCCCUCAUCUGUGUGGAGUGUGACAGAUCCAUGGAGCACAAAUAUCAUGAAGUGAUUCCUACCGAGGAGGCUUCCCAGGAGUAUAAGGAGGAGAUGACUAGCUACUUGGAGAUUCUGAGGAAGGAGAAGAAAAAAAUGAUGGGGUAUAAAGCAGAUGUCAUGAAGGAAAGCCAAGACCUCUUCAAGCAAACCAAAGCAGAGAGGCAAAAGACUGUGGCCAAGUUCAAGCAACUACACAAGUUUCUUGAAGAACAAGAGAAACUUCUGCUGGCCCAGAUGGAUGAGGUAGAGAAGGAGGUGGCAAGGAAAAGGGAUGAGCUCGUGGUCCAGCUGUCGGAGGAAAUAGCCUCAUUUGAGAGCAUCAUCCAGGAGAUGGAGAGGAAGUGUCAGCAGCUGGACAGUGAAUUCCUGCAGGAUAUCAGAAGCACCUUGCAGAGGUACGAGGAGAAGGAAAAAUCUGAGGAGCCAGUGGUUUUGCCUCCUGCGCUAAAGUGGAUUGUCUGGGACUUCUGUGAUAUAAACCCUUUUCUUGAGGGUGUCAUUAAGAAAUUCAAAGACACUGUGACCAUCGGACUUCAGCAGCAGAAAGCAAACAUCACUCUGGAUCCAGACACAGCUUAUCCACAGCUCAUCGUGUCGGAGGAUCAUAAAAGCGUGAAAUGGGGAAACAAGUACCAAGAUCUGCCUAACAGUCCCAAGAGGUUUCGGGAGUUGUUUUUUGUGCUGGGAUGGGAGGGGUUCACAGCAGGCCGACACUUCUGGGAGGUGAGUGUGAGGAACGAUGGUGAAGAGAAGUGGGCUGUGGGAGUUGCCAGAAAGUCCGUGAACAGAAAGGCCAACAUAACCGUUACUCCUGAGGAAGGGAUAUGGGCUAUGAGGAACACCCCCGAUUACUACAGGGCUCUUGACUUUUCAUCCACACGUAUCUAUUAUAGUACACUCAAAAGGAUUCGAGUCUGUCUGAACUACGAAGGGGGUCGAGUGGCUUUUUUCGAUGCGGAAACAGCAACUCCUCUCUAUGCUUUCUCAGCUGCCUCCUUCUCUGGAGAGACCCUCCACCCCUUUUUUUGGGUUUGCAAAAGUUCCCACCUUGUACUCUCUUCUUACUGCGAUUGAAUCUAAUCCCCCUCCCAGGCCUUGCUGAUGUUCCUCUGAACGUCAGGAUGAUUAGAAAAAGAAACCAAACCUUGAAUUGCUCAAGAGCUCCUCCUACAUCUCUGUAAAGGCCUCUGUGGGGCUUCACUUCAGUCACCGAAACAUUAACAAACUAACAAAAAAUGGCAUGUACUUUUACCCCAAAGCUGAAAGGGACAGUAACAUAGAGCAGCCUGGGCAAAGGGGGGAGGAUAACGGGUUUCAGUGUUUUUGUGUCUGUUGUUUUAAUGUUUGUUUUAUCAAACUAUGUUGUCGUUACCUGUAUUAGAUUUGAGAUGCUCAGAAGGCAUGCAUACUGAUAAUUUAAAUAAAGUAACUAUUGAUUAAAA